UGUUCAAAUAAUGCACUGCCUAGAUAUACAUAAAUAAAGAACUGAAAUUUUUAAAUAGUCUUUACUUUUUCCCAGAAUCAGCACUAUAAUGAGCACUGAAUCCAAGCUUUCUAGCAUCAUUCAUUUUUAGAAUAGCCUAAAAGCUGAGCACGAAGUCGAAUUAUUGUUCCAGGCAUCUCAUUAUUUUUUUUAAAAAUGGUAUCGGAAAGAAGAACACCACAGAAGCUCUAAUUUGACACUAACACCAACAACAAAGAUAACUAAAAAAUUAAAUAUAUAUUGGGGCGUAAACAACAGAUACCAAUUUCAUUGAAAAUCAUAACUUUGUCACUACGCCAGGCACGGUAAAUACCGGCGAAAAUCUGGAGGCCACACACCUCGCCGCCGCAAAGUAUGCUGAGGAAAGCAGAACUCCUUCGCGUGCCACAAUCAUCAGCGGCGACUCCAUCAAAAACGCCGCCAGGACUAUGCCAGGCACGGUAAAUAGCGGCGAAGAUCUGGAGGCCACACACCUCGCCGCCGCAAAACAUGCUGGGGAAGCAGAACUCUUUCGCUUGCCUUAUCAUCAGCGGCGACUCCAUCAAAAACGCUGCCAGAAAACCUGUGAAGAGUACUUGGUAGCCCGCGAAGCACACCCAUUGCUGCUAUUCCAAAACAAGAACCUGCUUAAAGUCCUUGGAAGCGCGCAAACUCUGCUGCCGUCGCUGCUCCACUGCGAAGGUGCUGCUGAUCCUGGGUACUCUGCCCGCCGUGCACAAAACUGUCGAGCCACCCUCCACCGUUCGCCAUCCUGAGCUAUCGCGGCCUCUCCCUGUCCCUGAUUGAUUUGAAGGUGGUAAGAAUUGCAAAGUUACUUGCAGCAGAGAAGCUUUUAGAGGACAAUCUAAUCAAGGGAAAUUGGAAAGCCGAGACUUCUAUCCCAUUACCAGAAGCUUUUGGUUCGCAGAGAAGAUGAUAGAGGCGUCUCCAUUCUCUUCGUUUGACCACGCAACAUCCUUUGCAAGGCAGUUGUGGUUCAAUCAGUCGCGUAUACAGUCAUGGUUGAUGCCUUUUCUGGACAAAGUCACCUUUAUCGAGCCAUUCGUGAUGCGCCGGCUUCUCUGAUGAGGGAAUUGCUAUUUUGGGACCGAAAGUACCGGGCUAAAUUUGGGUUUGAGUUUAUAACAAGUACGGAAUUGUGGUUCACACAGAAAAUACUUGACGAGGCGAAGACACGAUAUGAAAAUACUCUGGUCGUUGAACUGGAUGUUGCAUCACGGGAGGAAUUCAAGCUCAUAGAACAUGGCCUUGAACGACUACGGGACAGGUUAUCUCGACCAAAGAUCCAAGAGGCAUCCGAAGAACCAGGAGAGGUGGUUCCAGACUCAAUGGAGAAAGAGGACGUUGUCUCCUCUGAUGGGUCUGAUGAGGCCACUUCUGCAGGAAGAAAUUGCUCCAUGCUGUCAUAUGACCUCAACAAAAUAGCAAAUGAGAAUGAAUAUCCUUACAGUGGAAUGUCUCCUGGAAAGAAGAAUGCAUGGCACUUGGCUAACUGGGCAACACGGUACUUGAAUCCGUGAGGACAGUGCUUUAGGUUAUUUGAAGAUUUUCAAUUCAGGUUAUUUAGGAAAGUCGAACCUUGUUCAUUGGUUUUGUCGUGACUUUAUAACUUCUCACAUUGUUAUAUUGAGAUUGUUCUUGUUGAAAAGUAUUAUCAUGUUAGAGAACUUGGGGAAUGCGAUAUUUAGUCAAGAUUGGUACAGUUAUUAUUUUUUAGAGUCGAUUAAUUAAUGAAUUGGAUUUAUCACUAUUCUGUGCC